UUUCCUCCAUCUACCCAUUGCGAGGAGAUGGAAAUGGGAGCAGCGCCUGCCGGCGCCGGCGGGCUGGAGGUGGUGGUUUUCCCGUGGCUGGCGUUCGGCCACAUGAUCCCGUUCCUGGAGCUCUCCAAGCGCCUCGCGGCCAGGGGCCACACCGUGGCCUUCGUGUCCACGCCCCGGAAUCUCGCCAGGCUCCCGCCCGUGCCGGCCGGUCAUUCCGCCCGCCUCCGGUUCGUGCCGCUGCCGCUACCGGCCGUGGAGGGGCUGCCGGAGGGCGCCGAGGCCACGUCUGACCUGCCGCCCGACAAGGUCGGACUCCUCAAGAAGGCCAUGGACGGCCUCGCCGACCCACUCGCGGCAUUCCUCGCCGCCGGAAAAAGGCCCGACUGGAUCGUCCACGACUUCUGCCACCACUGGGUCCCGCCCAUCGCCGACCAGCUCAAGGUGGCAUCCGCCACGUUCCUCAUCUUCCAGGCCGCCUUCUUGGUCUUCGUGGGGCCGCGGUGGGCAAACGCCUCACACCCGCGCACGGAGCCGGAGCACUUCGCCGAGCCACCCAGGUGGAUUCCCUUCCAGUCCACCACCUUCUUCCUCCGGCACGAGGCCCAGUGGGUCACCGACGCCUUCCGUGCCAAUGCAUCUGGCGUGUCGGACAUGGACCGCUGGUGGCAGGUCUUGGAGCGCAGCCGCCUCACCAUACACCGGAGCUGUGAGGAAUUGGAGCCCCGGAUGUUCGGCCUCCUGUCCGAUCUCUUUCGGAAGCCCGCCGUCCCCGCCGGGAUCCUUCUACCGGGGGCGCCCGACGACCGUGACGAAGGCCACCGGCAGAGCAGCUCAGGCGACGUCGCCCGCCCACAGGUCCUGCGAUGGCUCGACGACCAGCCUUCCAAGUCCGUCAUCUAUGUUGCGCUGGGAAGCGAGGCGCCGCUGACGCCAGAGAACGCCCAUGAACUCGCGCUCGGCCUGGAGCUCGCCGGCGUGCGCUUCCUCUGGGCGCUACGCAAGCCGGCGGGCACCACCAACGGCGACGAGCUUCUCUUGCCGGCCGGGUUCGAGGAGCGGACGCGGGACCGCGGGGUGGUUUGCACGGGGUGGGUGCCGCAGGUGGAGGCGCUGGCGCACUGCGCCACGGGCGCGUUCUUGACGCACUGUGGCUGGGGCUCCACCAUCGAGAGCCUCUCCUUCGGGAUCCCGCUGGUGAUGCUCCCGUUCGUCGUCGACCAGCCCUUGAUCGCGCGGGCGAUGGCAGAGAGAGGGAUCGGCGUGGAGGUAGCGAGAGACGUGAAGGACGGUUCGUUUGACAGGGACGGCGUCGCGGUGGCGGUGCGGCGCGUCAUGGUGGAGGAGCAGGGGAAGGUGUUGGCGACCAACACCAAGAAGCUGCAGGAGGUUCUAGUGGACCAGGGACGCGAGGAGCAUUACAUCGACGAGCUCGAGGAUUAUCUCAGACGCUACAAAUAGGCAAGUGAUAGGCGCCGGCACACCGGCUCAAAAUUGGGCCGGUCAGCGCGUACCCGUUCGAUUGCAGUUUCCUGUACCGUCAGAUCUGGCCCCCUUUCUUCUUCCUCCUCUGAUACAUCAUGCGGAAAAAAAGAAAAACGGAAAUCUCCAGCACAUCCCGCCUCACUCACGCAGCCUGCCAUGGCCGCCCCUGCCGCUGACUUUGAAGCCACGCCGGCUCGCCGUCCUCGCAGCACUCGGCCUCGCCGGAUCCAACGGGCGUCGUCGCUGCAACCAGCCGCCAUCAUGCAGGAAGAGGGCUGUCUCAUAGCACAUCGGAUGCCUCUGCCGUUGCAGCAACUAAUCGCCUCCAUAGCAUGCUUGUCGCAACAUCAACCUGCCCCGCCGACCGCAGCUCGCUGGCAUCACGCACUCGCGCGCGUCGGACUGAAGCUUUUUUCCACGCCAGUCCAAGCUUUUCCCCACCCUCUCUGGUUGAAGCUUUUUUUUUUCGAGGUUGAAGCUUUCCCCAUGCCGAUUGUAGCAAAAAUAAAAUCAGCAACAAAAGCAAAACAAAUACUCCAGUAAUCUGUUGGAGCAAAACAAUUAGCCCCUUAUAGCAAAAAAUAACACCGGCUCCAGCAAACUCAAAAACUGUUCUAACAAAACAAAAAUGAUAGUUCCAGCAAAAAUGAAAAUAAUCUCGUCGGUUCCAACUCUUCU